AUGGCAGAUGAGAUGGACGUUGACACCGACAUGGACGGAGCUCGCGAAGAAUCAAUCGAGCCUGCUCCAGUGACUGCUAAAUUCAAGGGGAAGGGAAGAGCAGCCGAUAGUACUGCUGCUGCUGGCAAUGGGAAGGCUACUGAAGAGAAUCUGCCUUGGGUUGAAAAGUAUCGGCCAUCUACAUUGGACGAGUUGAUAUCGCAUAAGGAUAUUAUUUCUACAAUCACUAAACUGAUUGAUGAGAAUCGCCUGCCACAUCUACUGCUAUAUGGUCCCCCUGGAACGGGAAAGACGUCUACGGUGCUUGCAUGUGCAAAGAGAAUGUAUGGGGCCAAGUGGAGGGCUAUGGUUUUGGAGCUGAAUGCGUCAGAUGAUCGUGGUAUUGAUGCGGUGAGAGAUCAGAUAAAGACUUUUGCGGAGAGUAUGUCCAUGUUCAAAACGGGGGUUAAGAUGGUGAUACUUGAUGAAGCUGAUAAUAUGACGCAACAGGCUCAAGCUGCGUUAAGACGAGUCAUUGAAAAAUACACAAAAAACGUCCGAUUCGCCUUAAUCUGCAACUAUGUCUCGAAAAUCAUCCCAGCCAUCCAAUCUCGUUGCACCCGAUUCCGUUUCGGACCCUUGGUGCUCGACCAAAUUGAACCCCGUCUGGAAAUAAUUGUGGCCAAAGAAAACGUUACCAUGACGACGGAUGGUAAAGCUGCUCUACUCAGGUUGUGUAAAGGAGAUAUGAGACGAGUGCUGAAUGUGUUGCAGGCUACACAUGCUGCUUUCGGGGUUGUCAGUGAGGAUACGGUGUAUACGUGUACUGGUGCGCCGCUGCCGAAAGAUAUUGAGAGGAUUAUGGGGUGGAUGUUUGAUACAGAGUAUAGCGAGGUUUAUGCGAAUCUAGACAGGAUCAAACUUGAAAAGGGACUCGCUCUUGCAGACAUUAUUGGAGACUUGUCUGCUCUUGUCAUCAAGAUUGACUUACCACCUCCUAGUCGUGUGUACUUGCUGGAAAAGUUUGCUGAGAUUGAAUUCAACAUAUCAACAGGCUGCUCGGAAAAGAUCCAAAUGGGUGGACUUAUUGGUGCAUUCAAGAUUGCAAUGGACUUGGCGGAGCGACAUUCUGUGAAGGCUGCUAAUGCUAUGGUGACAUAA